UGAUUGUGGUGAGGUGGAGCGGCCCCGUCUUGGCGUGCCAAAGCAUCACACUUGAAUUUGCCGUCCACCACACAGAGAUGCCUGCACUGCCCUCUUGGUUGUCCUUAUCUAAGAAGCGCGCACCGCCGACCACGACGCUUGUUCCCUCUGUCGAGUACUACGACGACGCGGUGCUACCAUCGCCGACACUCGAGUCGCCCAAGCGCGACCGAAGCGAAUCCAUCUCGUCCGAGACAACGACGACCAACACGGAGGACCUGGAGCCUCGGUCAAGCCCCAAACAGCCCAUAUCGUCCAACAACGUCUACCAGCGCUGCCCACCGAGCCCUAUCCGAUUUGCGAUCAAGCACCAAUCGUACAACGAGCGCAGCCGUCCUCUCGCGAGCCCGAUUGCCUUGACUGGCCACGCUCGGUGGCAGCCGCCCAUGAGCCCGAUCCAAAAGCACAUUGCGUGAGUGCUCUAGCUGUCCUAUCUAUUUAAAACGAGGAAAUCGUUGAUGUGUACCUUCAGUUCAUCA